ACACACCAGUUUCCGUCUUCAAUUUCACAGUCUUCGCAUCUCUUCACUUCUUCCGCCGCCGGUUCGGUCUUAAUCAUCAACUCAAACAAAUCAUCGAUCGCCUAAUCCGAGCAAUACUCAACCUACGAUAAAAUCAGCAACGAUGAAGUUCACUCUUGCCGCCGCCGCUCUCUUUGUCUCCAUGGCUUUCGCAGCCCCAGCUCCCCAGAACGCUGGCCGCCCUGUCCCCACUGGCAACUGCUGCGCACCCAACGCCAGUUUGAAGCAGGACGUUUGCAACGUCAACGGCUCAACUGGUCGCUGCGUUCCCUCAGGCUCAAGAGGCUGUGGAGGAGCUUUGACUUGUAUCGAAGAUGCUCGUCUGACUUGCGACGCCAAUACUCUCGAGAGGGGUCGCCCACUUUGCAGGCUCGCUGGUGAGGGCAUUUAGAACGCGCGCCAUGCGCAAGGUGUUUAGAAGGGUUGCGCUAGAGCUGUUCGUACAGGAAGCAUAAUCAAUCCAAGCUGGUGUCGUCGACCGUCA